AUGAAGUCCUGCAAGCCCAGCAACCCGGCGGCGGCAGCGCGCGCCGCGGCCCCGUGCGCUGGCGGCGCCGAAUGCGCGGGCACGUGCUCCGGGGCCGGACGGCUGGAGAGCGCGGCGCGCAGGCGUCUAGCGGCCAACGCGCGCGAGCGCCGCCGCAUGCAGGGGCUCAACACGGCCUUCGACCGCCUGCGCAGGGUGGUCCCCCAGUGGGGCCAGGAUAAAAAGCUGUCCAAGUACGAGACUCUGCAGAUGGCGCUGAGCUACAUCAUGGCUCUGACUCGCAUCCUGGCCGAGGCCGAGCGAUUCGGCUCGGAGCGGGACUGGGUCAGUCUCCACUGUGAGCACUUCGGCCGAGACCACUAUCUUCCAUUCGCGGGCGCGAAGCUGCCGGCAGAGAGCGAGCCCUACGGCCAGAGGCUCUUCGGCUUCCAGCCCGAGCCCUUCCAGAUGGCCAGUUAG